AUGCCACUCUAUGCCAGAUUUUUAAAAGACAUAUUGACGAAGAAGAACCGGUGUAUCUACAAUGACAUGAUAGUUGUGGAAGGAAAUUGUAGUGUUGUCAUUCAACGAAUCCUUCCACCGAAGCACAAAGAUCCUGGAAGUGUCACCAUCCCGUGUUCUAUUGGUGAGGUUGCUAUGGAUAAGGCUCUCAUUGAACUGGGAGCUAGUAUCAACUUAAUGCCUCUCUCCAUGUGCCGACGACUUGGAGAAUUAGAGAUAAUGCCCACUCGCAUGACCUUACAGUUGGCUGAUCGCUCCAUCACAAGACCAUAUGGAGUGAUUGAAGACGUUUUGGUCAGGGUCAACAUUUGA